UGGUGUGUGAGCUUUAACUCCCAUUCCCACCCGCCGCUAGGGUUUCUCCCUCUCCCUCUUUCCCCCCUUCUCUCGCGCAUCUCCAGCCCCGACGCCAGGCUAGGGUUUUGCCUCCUCGCCGGCCGCCUCAGCCGCCGCCGCGAGCGAGAUCGAGAGAUAGAGAGAGGAAGCGGAGCUUAGCCGGCCAUGUCGCUGCGUCCGAGCGAGCGGGCGGAGGUGCGGCGGAACCGCUACAAGGUGGCGGUGGAUGCGGAGGAGGGGCGGCGGCGGCGCGAGGACAACAUGGUGGAGAUACGCAAGAACCGCCGCGAGGAGAGUCUCCUCAAGAAGCGCCGCGAGGGGCUCCAGGCCCAGGUCCCCGUCCCCGCCUCCGGGGUCGAGAAGAAGCUCGAAAGCCUUCCUGCUAUGGUUAGUGGGGUCUAUUCGGAUGAAAACAACCUUCAGCUUGAGGCCACAACACAGUUCCGCAAGUUGCUCUCUAUAGAGAGGAGCCCUCCGAUUGAAGAAGUUAUCCAAUCAGGAGUUGUUCCUCGAUUUGUGCAGUUCCUUACCAAAGAGGAUUUCCCCCAACUGCAGUUUGAAGCAGCAUGGGCACUCACAAAUAUUGCAUCUGGCACUUCGGAAAAUACAAAGGUCGUCAUUGAUCAUGGAGCUGUUCCAAUAUUUGUGAAGCUUCUUGGGUCUGCUAGUGAUGAUGUCCGUGAGCAGGCUGUAUGGGCUUUGGGCAACAUUGCUGGUGAUUCCCCCAAGUGCCGUGACCUUGUCCUCACCAAUGGUGCGUUGAUGCCUCUGCUAGCCCAGUUGAAUGAGCAUGCUAAGCUCUCCAUGCUGAGGAAUGCCACCUGGACUCUCUCCAAUUUUUGCAGAGGAAAGCCACAGCCUUUGUUUGAUCAGACUAAGCCUGCUCUGCCAGCGCUUGCACGACUUAUUCAUUCCAAUGACGAGGAAGUUCUCACUGAUGCAUGCUGGGCCCUUUCGUACUUAUCUGAUGGCACUAACGACAAGAUCCAAGCUGUGAUUGAAGCUGGUGUUUGCCCCUGGCUUGUGGAGCUCCUCCUUCAUCCAUCACCAUCGGUGCUUAUACCUGCUCUACGAACUGUUGGGAACAUUGUCACUGGAGAUGAUCUGCAAACUCAGUGCAUCAUUGAUCAUCAAGCUCUUCGGUGCCUCCUGAGUCUAUUGACGCAGAACCACAAGAAAAGUAUUAAGAAAGAGGCUUGCUGGACAAUUUCAAAUAUUACUGCUGGAAACAAAGAUCAAAUACAGGCUGUGAUAAAUGCUGGCAUUAUUGGUCCUUUGUUGCAUCUGCUCCAAACAGCAGAGUUUGAUAUCAAGAAGGAGGCUGCGUGGGCCAUCUCAAAUGCUACCUCAGGUGGUACCCACGAGCAAAUCAAGUAUUUGGUGUCUGAGGGCUGCAUCAAGCCAUUGUGCGACCUUCUUGUUUGCCCUGAUCCAAGAAUUGUAACUGUUUGUUUGGAGGGUCUUGAGAAUAUUCUCAAAGUGGGGGAGCAUGACAAGACCUUGGGUGCAACAGGUGAUGUCAAUGCCUUUGCUCAGAUGAUUGAUGAAGCAGAAGGCCUGGAAAAGAUUGAGAACCUGCAGGGCCACGAUAACAAUGAAAUCUAUGAAAAAGCUGUGAAGCUUCUUGAGGCAUACUGGAUGGAGGAGGAAGAUGAUGCAAUGGCUACUGCCGGGGAAGCCACUCCAGCUGUUUUUGACUUCGUCCAAGGUGGCAACCCUCCAGCUGGUGGUGGUUUGAACUUCAGCUAAAUACAGGCUUUAACCAAAGGGUGGUAGUUCCCUCGGCGAUGGGCUUGUCAUGAGUAGUCAAUGUAGUUUGGUUGAUUCCAUGUGCGGGGUAUUGGUUCUGGUGGGUCCAAAAUAAGCUUAAGAUUUCGAGGGAGCUGGGUUAACAUCAUACCCAAAUUAAAUCAUGGAUACUAUCGCAGGGUCUGUAACAGGAUUAUAAUCAUCGAGCCUGAGUCCGAAUUUUUUUAGAUGGCUACUAUCUUGGGUUUGCAACUUCAGUUCGGUGUGUAAUAUCUUGCGCUGUAUAGUCCGAAUUGGAGCUUCAGCAAGGCCGUUAGAUUACAUUCCUGAAUGGUUUGGUUUUGAGGUUCUUCAGGAAUGGGCUGAUGAGCUGUCCGGACAUGUGAACCUUAAAUGUUUCUUAAGUAUAUUUCCAGGCCUUGCUCUAGGCCAUGUCCAA